AGGUACUAUCAGCCAAGGUCGGCGGGCAGCUGGGAGCUUGUAACUUAUAACUUCUGAUAUGUGUCAACUAUUACAGCAAAUUAAUCCUCACCAUAAUGCUGAGUGGUGUUCGGUUUAGCUUUCGCAAACACCUUCUUUCAGCUUGUGGCUCGCUUGCACGCAGACUUGGAUAAAAACGCUCACUUGUCGCCAUGGCAGGAAAACGCAGAGGCGCACCUGGAUCUGAUGCGGAGUUCACGUAUGUCAGUCCAGUCGUGAAGUACCUGCUCUUCAUAUUUAAUUUUAUAUUUUGGAUAAUCUCUUUGGUGUUGGUGGCAAUUGGAGUGUACGCCCGCAUAAUGAAACAUGCAGAAACUGCGCUCGCAUGUCUCUCUGUGGACCCUGCUGUAAUGCUGUUGGUUGUGGGGGUCCUCAUGUUCAUCAUCACCUUCUGCGGUUGUGUGGGGUCCCUCCGAGAAAACAUCUGCCUCUUGCAAACAUUCUGUAUAUGUCUGACUGUGAUCUUCAUCCUGCAGCUCAUUGCUGGUGUACUGGGUUUCGUCUUUUCAGAUAAGGCAAGGGGUAAAGUGACCAAGAUGAUCAACAAUGCCAUCAUCCACUACAGAGAUGAUAUUGAUCUGCAAAACCUUAUUGAUUUUGGUCAGAAAGAGUUUGAUUGCUGUGGCGCUAUGACAUUUGUGGACUGGUCACAGAACAUGUACUUCAACUGCAGCGAGGACAACCCCAGCCGAGAACGCUGUUCUGUCCCCUUUUCCUGCUGUAUCACCACCAACGAGACGGUAAUCAAUACCAUGUGCGGUCAGGGCAUGCAGAAGUUGGAAUAUACUGAUGCUGGAAUCCACAUUCACACCAAUGGCUGCAUAGACAAAAUAGUUGAUUGGAUCCACAGCAACCUGUUCUUACUGGGAGGCAUUGCGCUGGGACUGGCUAUACCACAGCUGGCUGGCAUGUUUUUGUCUCAGAUUCUGAUAAACCAGAUCAAAGACCAGAUCGAGCUGCAGAACUACAACCAAAAACACAGCUCUGACCCGUGGAGCUGAUCCAGGAGAGGCCAAAGUCUGAUGAGCAGAACAAGAAGAACGUAGACUCCAGCUUAGUGGGGACCGAUUGGUAGAACUGCUUACAUCAGUACAAUAGAGUCCUGUGGCUGUUUUGGACAAAAGACACACAGACCAAACACUGGAUUUUGAAAUGCUAACUUAAAUAUCAAACCAAGUGCAGAAGGUGUAUUUGGUGCUCAUGUUUAAUUUUAGUGGAGAGCUGCAGUCAAGAUCAUGUAUUAGCAGUAUUAUUUUUUUUUUUUUGUUACAUGUAAUUUUAGGCCAAAAAUGGCACAAAAUAUGGGAAAUUGUGCUUUUCUUUAAAAAAAAAAAACUGCAUUCAUACAACUGCAAAUAACUGAAAAGGGAACUGCAGAUUUUGAAUAUAAUUUUCUAUAUGUUAAAAAAAACAACAGUAUCACCUAAUUUUACCAUCAGUGAGGAGACGCUUACCUUUAACAUGUGUUGGAAAUUGUAGUAUAUCACAUAUUGUUUAGUGUCAUGCUUUAGAACUGUCUAUCCCACAAUAGUUUAUUUCAGUUCAGCAUACUUUGUGUAUAGUUUCUUCCUCUUUCGCAAGCUUAUGUUACCUCCAUG